AUGAAUUUAGAAGGUAUUCCAGGCCAGAAAUAUGAGUACACGAAAAUUGAUGAGGUAAUGAAGUUGUGCCCGAGAAGGAAGCCUAGAGUUAGUGCUAAUGAUAAGACUAACAUAUACCCGAAUCCAUUUUCUUAUGACAUGAGCUUCGACAUGUCAGCCAAAAAUUCUAGAGGAGUAGUUUCUUGGGGCAGUUCUGUCCCUUUCUCUGCUGGCAGUCGGUUUUUUAACCAGCAUUGGCAUUCGAUGAAAGAUGCCUAUUCAGUUGCAAGUACUGAAGCUCCUGUCAGUGCACCUGUGAGCUACAGCUACAACAUUAGCUACAAAAUAAGCAUCAAAGUGCUAUCUAAUGCAAAGUUGGGCAAUAUAUCAGUUUUAAAUGAAGUACUGCUGAUUUCUGCUGAAGGGAUCUAUGAUGAAACAGAAGGAAGCCUGUGCAUGAUAGGCUGCAGAAAUCUGGGCUCAAAGAGUCUACAAGCACCAACCAACGGAUUCUGUUGA